UAUUCGAUAUCCGUUUCGAAUUAUCUUUUAACAAACUAUAAUUUUUUUUAAUUUUGUUUAGGCGGAAUGAUUCAAUGAACAAGAAUUGUAAACAAGUAUAUUUAAUAGCAGUGUUCAAUUAGUAUUAUUGUCAGGUAAAUCAAAUUUAGUUUGUGCUAUAACGAAUGUCGAAUACGGUUAAAAAACAUGCUGACAUCAUAAAUUUUCUUAAGCCAAAACGCAUAAGUAACAUUUCGGCAUAAUCCGAUUGUGUGAAUAACUAGAAAAUUGUGUGCGUAACUCUGCUGUACAGGUUUAAAGGUACCACCCAAGAAAUAAAUUGUUUUGACAUCAGCAUGGAAUUAGAGAAAGUAAAGAUAAACAGCCUUCAUUGUAAUGAUGCUGUUCUGUCUUCACUUCAAGCAUCCCCUUCUGCGACACACCCUCAGAGCGUUCCUUCAAAGGCGAAUGCCGUCACCGAGGCUUCUAUUAUCGAAAAGACGAAUAUACAGCAUAAUGUCCAGGAAGAUAAUAGCUACAAUAGAGAUUGCGACAGCCCCGUAAGUUCUAGCUCGGAGCCGGAGAAGGAGUUGGAUGAUCUGCGGUACUUGCACUCCUCCUCUCUAACAAACAGCGUAGUGGUGGGAAAAUCGACUGGCUCGCUAAACGGCGCCUACUCUAUCACAUCAGUCACUUCCAGAACUAAAACGCUUGAACCCAACUCUGCUAGUGGGUCGGCAUGCUUAACCAUUGCACCCACCGCUGAUCACAUUAAGAAACGUAUUCCAAGCAGUCGAACGCCGACACGAAAGGCACUAAGAAUCAAAUUCUACCGCAACGGGGAUCGUUUUUAUCCGGGUAUAACCAUUCCCGUGUCUAACGAACGGUACAGAUCCUUUGAAAGACUCUUUGAAGACCUAACCCGUCUGUUGGAAGAGAAUGUAAAGAUACCAGGUGCUGUUCGCACCAUCUACAACAUGUGUGGGAAGAAGAUUACCUCUCUCGAUGAAUUGGAAGAUGGACAGAGCUAUGUUUGUUCCUGCAAUAACGAGAAUUUUAAGAAGGUUGAGUACAACACUGGAUCCCAGCCUUUGUCCAAUCUGACGCUGACCAAUAGUCGUUCCAACAGUCAUCGACUGGCUAAGUGUCGACCAUCGUCUCCCCUGAAAAAUGGCUUACUUGCAGGCAGCAGUCCUUUGCCAACUUGUGGCGGAGGAACGGGCAACGGAAGUCCACAUAUCGCUUCCAGAUCAAGCGAUCGAGUUACAGUGGUUCAUCCUCGAAUUGUGACGCUGAUACGUAGUGGAACUAAACCGCGGCGUAUUGUGCGAUUAUUGCUAAACAAGCGUAACAGCCCGAGCUUCGAUCAUGUGCUGACCGCCAUUACGCAAGUGGUUCGAUUGGACACGGGCUAUGUGAGAAAGGUAUUCACCCUUUCAGGUGUAUCAGUGGUCCGACUAUCUGAUUUUUUUGGGUCGGAUGAUGUUUUCUUCGCUUAUGGGACAGAGCGGAUUAACACUGCGGAAGACUUUAAGUUAGAGGCGGAGGAGCAUCGAGCUAUUAAUGUCAUUCGUAAGACCAUGCGCACGACUGGAACCACAUGCAAGGGACCUAAGCCUAAGAUGCCCAUAAAGAGCAAAAAAGUUUAUCCUCCUGUGGUUGAUUCGGAGGCUUUUAAGGCAGCAACCACACCAGAAGAUGAUAGGCAUGCGGCUUUACUUACGAGCACUGGUAUGGAGAUCAAUGAAUUACCAUCGAAUAUUCGGAACACUUACACUCUGGGAAGAAUAAUUGGCGACGGCAACUUUGCCAUUGUGUUUAAGAUAAAGCACCGCCAAACUGGUCAUUCCUACGCCCUAAAAAUAAUAGACAAAAACAAAUGCAAGGGCAAGGAACACUACAUUGAUGCGGAAGUUCGCGUCAUGAAAAAAUUAAAUCAUCCGCAUAUAAUUUCGCUUAUUUUGAGUGUAGACCAAAAUACAAAUAUGUAUCUUGUACUGGAAUAUGUAAGUGGUGGUGAUUUAUUCGACGCUAUAACUCAGGUAACGAGAUUCUCAGAAAGCCAGUCGCGCAUUAUGAUUAGACAUUUGGGAGCGGCCAUGACUUAUCUGCAUUCAAUGGGCAUUGUGCAUCGAGAUAUAAAGCCUGAGAAUCUUCUAGUGAAACUAGAUGAGCAUGGACAUGUUCUUGAACUAAAGCUUGCUGAUUUCGGAUUAGCAUGUGAGGUAAACGAUCUUCUCUAUGCUGUCUGCGGGACUCCCACAUAUGUAGCACCAGAGAUAUUGUUAGAAGUGGGAUAUGGGCUAAAGAUUGACGUUUGGGCCGCUGGAAUCAUUUUGUACAUACUUCUAUGCGGGUUUCCGCCGUUUGUAGCGCCUGACAACCAACAGGAGCCGCUUUUCGAUGCUAUUAUCUCUGGCAUUUAUGAGUUUCCAGAUCCUUACUGGUCUGAUAUAGGGGACGGUGUGCGCGAUCUUAUAGCCAAUAUGCUUCAGGCGGAUCCAGACGUUCGUUUCACAAGCGAAGACAUCCUUGAUCAUCCUUGGACGAUUGGAAACCAGGGGAACGAGUGUACCACAUAUAAAAGAUGAGUCGUGGCUGUGGGAACUUAAAAAAAAAUCAACUUUCACUCUUAAAUGACUAACUUUUGUAUUUCUGAUCUAAAAAUGCUUUUAUAUUAGAAUUAAUUUAUUUUUACAUAUAAAUUAUAUGUGAAUUCUUACAUAUUGCAAUAACAACUAAGAAUGACCAUCGAAAAUGAAUAAUAAAUUCCAGCAACACUUUAA